ACCAUAGAAUUUCAACCAUAACGUGAAAUUUUACAGGAAGUUUUCCAUAGGCUAUAUUAAAUAAUACAGUCGAUUAGGCCUUUACAUGUAGGUUUUUUUUGCAUACAUGUCAGUUUUGUUUCAAAGGGUUGGAGAAAUUAUUCAGGCACUUUUCAUUCUGGGAGUUAUGCUAGCGUAGCUAUCGGCGUCUACUGAUUCACUGCCAUUAUUUCAUGUGCAGUCUGUGUUGUUGCGCUCAGGACAAGCUAUGAGCGGGGCCAGUUGUAAAGCCAACGGUGCCGUAUACCCGGCCUCAACAGUCGUGAUGAACUCGGUGAAGAAACCGAAGAUGGAACAGCUUCAGGCCGACCAUGAGCUGUUCCUACAGGCCUUUGAGAAGCCAACUCAAAUAUAUAGAUUUCUCCGCACAAGGAACCUGAUUGCACCCAUAUUUUUGCACAGGACACUGACCUUCAUGGCUCACAGAAACACUCGAACAAAUGCCAAAAGGAAAACUUUCAAAGUGGAUGACAUGCUGCAGAGGGUUGAGAAGAUGAAGGGAGAACAAGAAUCUCACAGCUUGUCAUCACAUCUUCAGCUCACUUUCACUGGAUUCUUCCACAAGGAUGAAAAGCCAUCUCAGAAUUCAGAAAAUGAACAAAGCUCAGUGUCUCUAGAGGUGCUACUUGUGAAAGUCUGCCAUAAAAAACGAAAGGAUGUGAGCUGCCCGAUCAAGCAAGUGCCUACAGGUAAAAAGCAGGUGCCUUUGAACCCUGACUGCAACCAAACCAAGCUGGGGGCCUACCCCUCCCUCCUGGUCUCCAGCAACGAGUUUGAACCCAGCAACAGCCACAUGGUCAAGUCCUACUCGCUCCUGUUCAGGGUGUCGCGCACAGGGCGAAGGGACGUCAACGGCCUGGUCAACGGGGAGGCCAACGAGAACAUCGAUGUGUCAGAGCCUCCCAGCAGGAAGAAGAGAAGCUCCUCCCACAGAGAAGAGGGGGAAACCACAGAGACGUUUGUUGCACAGAUGACUGUCUUCGACAAGAACCGGAGACUCCAGCUGCUGGAUGGGGAGUACGAGGUGUCGAUGCAAGGGAUGGAGGACUGCCCCCCCAGCAAGAAAAGAGCCACAUGGGAAACCAUUCUGGAUGGCAAGAGGCUGCCUCCGUUCGAGACCUUCUCUCAGGGACCCACUCUGCAGUUCACCCUGCGCUGGACGGGGGACGCCAGCGACAAGUCCACCGCCCCCGUGGCCAAGCCCCUGUCCACCCGCAACUCGGACAGCUCCAGCCCGAUGGAGAGCAGGACCAGCACACUCAAAACUGCUCCUCUGGCUGUGAAGGAGUCCGUCAGCACGGACGUGCAGGUGAGGAGGGAGCAGAUCCUGUGCGAGCCGCGUCAGAAGCUGAGGAUAUUCUACCAGUUCCUGUACAACAACAACACGCGGCAGCAGACGGAGGCCAGGGACGACCUCCACUGCCCCUGGUGCACCCUGAACUGCAGGAAGCUCUACAGCCUGCUGAAGCACCUCAAGCUCUCCCACAGCCGCUUCAUCUUCAACUAUGUGCCUCACCCUAAAGGAGCGCGGAUAGACGUGUCCAUCAACGAGAGCUACGACGGCUCGUACGUGGGGAACCCUCAGGACAUCCACAGCCAGCCCGGCUUCGCCUUCAGCCGCAACGGCCCCGUCAAGAGGACCGCCGUCACACACGUGCUGGUGUGCAGGCCCAAGAGGACCAAGCCCAGCUUGUCUGAGUUCUUGGAGUCUGAGGACGGCGACCUGGAGCAACAGAGGACCUACGUCAGCGGACACAACCGGCUGUACUUCCACAGCGACAGCUGCAUGCCCCUGCGGCCCCAGGAGAUGGAGGUGGACAGCGAGGACGAGAGGGACCCCGAGUGGCUGAGGGAGAAGACCGCCACGCAACUCGAAGAGUUCACGGACGUGAACGAGGGCGAGAAGGAGGUGAUGAAGCUGUGGAACAUGCACGUGAUGAAGCACGGGUACGUUCACUUCAUCGCGGACAACCAGAUGAACCAGGCCAGCAUGCUGUUCGUGGAGAAGUGCGGCGCCUACAUCGCCCGCAGGAACCUCUGUCGCAACUUCCUGCUCCACCUGGUCAGCAUGCACGACUUCAACCUGGUGAGCGUGGCCACGAUCGACCGCGCCAUGGCCCGCCUCCGCCAGAUCCAGGAAGAGCUGCCCGACGCCGGGGAGGAAGACCAGGCUCUCAUUGGCGGAGCCUGCAACGGGGCCCUCGCCAUGGUUACCGGCGGAGGCAAACAUGGCAAGAGGACGAAAAGCUCCGUGACGGACUGAUCUUUAUUAUUCUUUUUUUCUUCUUCAUAUUCCUUAAAUUUGCACACUUUGGUGCUCAGUUAGAUGAAGGAAGUUGUCAAUUGAUAACUUUGACGAGGUAAAUUGACAAACACACACACAUUCAAACAGGUUUUUUUUUCUGCAGGACUAACGAGAAUACGACCAAAUAUGGACAAGUGUGCACACAGCCAGCAGGCAUUGUGGGACUCAAAAUAAUGUUGAGUGACACCAACUCAUGCAUUUUGUGAGCCAAUCAUUGGCAAGUUUGGGCAAACUG